AUGGCGGACAAGGCAGUGACUAUCAGGACGAGGAAGUUCAUGAAAAAUCGCCUCCUAUCCAGAAAGCAAUUUGUUAUUGAUGUGUUGCACCCAGGAAGAGCUAACGUUUCUAAGGCUGAGCUGAAGGAUAAAUUAGCUAGGUUGUACGAGGUUAAGGACUCGAAUGCCAUAUUAGUGUUCAAGUUCAUAACUCACUUUGGUGGUGGCAAAUCUACUGGGUUUGGCCUGAUCUAUGACACUAUGGAGAGUGCGAAGAAGUUCGAGCCGAAGUACAGGCUAAUUAGGAAUGGUCUUGAUACCAAGGUUGAGAAGUCCCGAAAACAGAUGAAGGAAAGAAAGAACCGAGCCAAAAAAAUUCUUGGGGUUAAGAAGACUAAAGCUGGUGACGCUGGUAAGAAGAAAUGA